UUGGGUCCCUUCCGGAGGGCGUGAGGUGACGCACGUGGGUACGCGCCGCAGCCGCCGCGCCGCGCGAGCCCCUGUAACGGUUGUUCCUCCUCCUCGCAACGGCCGCCAUGGAGAGCGAGCCGGAGGGCGGUGGCUUCACCAGCGUCGUGUCCAAGCGGAGCCGGCGGAAGCGGCGGGCGGGCGGCGAGGGACAGGCGGCCGCCAUGGACACGGCGGAGCCGCGGCCCAGCAAGAGGCCGGCUUUCCCGCCCGUGGCCGCUGAGGCGCUUGUGGCUGGGAAAGCUGAGCUGAGGAAGGUGCCCGUGCCGGCCAACAGAUACACCCCGCUGAAGGAGAACUGGAUGAAAAUAUUCACGCCUAUCGUGGAACACUUGCAGCUUCAGAUCAGGUUUAAUUUGAAAACGAGGAACGUUGAAAUCAAGACUUGUCAAGAGACAAAGGAUCUCAGUGCUCUAACGAAAGCAGCUGAUUUUGUGAAAGCAUUUAUCCUUGGGUUUCAAGUAGAGGAUGCUCUUGCUCUCAUCAGAUUAGAUGAUCUUUUUCUAGAAUCAUUUGAAGUUACAGAUGUCAAACCGCUGAAAGGAGAUCAUCUGUCAAGAGCAAUAGGUAGAAUAGCAGGGAAAGGCGGAAAAACAAAAUUCACUAUAGAAAACGUAACCAGGACACGAAUUGUUCUCGCUGACACGAAAAUUCAUAUAUUGGGAUCUUUUCAGAACAUUAAAAUGGCACGAACAGCCAUUUGCAAUCUAAUUUUAGGAAGCCCUCCAUCAAAGGUUUAUGGCAAUAUUCGGGCAGUGGCCAGCAGAGCUGCUGAAAGAUUCUGAGCUGCCAUGUGCCUGCACCACCACAUGCUGGGAGUCAUGGAUUCUGUACAUCUGAGGGGUCUGGAGCUACACAAGCACUCUGUCUUCUGUUUGAUUCAGAAACCCAGAAUACCAGGACUGUCUGUGGAGUCUAUUUUUCUUCAGAUGUGCUCAUUUGAACACAUCUAGUACUUGUGUACAGUCAUUAAAAGUUAUUUUAAAUUAAUUGUGUAUAUAUCAGAAAAACAGGUACUGCAUUUUACCUAAAUUUAUCAUCAAACAAAAACAUGCUUCAUUACUGACUUUCAGAACAUCAAGGCACUGAGAGACCGCUGUCAGGACUUCAGAAACCAUUUCAGUUUAAGUUUUGAGGCUAAAGGAACCAGCACAGUGUUCAUAGCCACACUUUGUGGAUCAGUAUCUUCCUGGAAAAGGAGGAAUCAACUGGAAAGUUCAAUGGCAGAGGCUGCCCAGCAUGCCUCUGCGGCUGCUGGAACAGAUGACACAAAAAUGGUAAGAUGGCAAAGAGGUAAACAGUGGAUUUGAACGUCUUGCUAGAAUUUGCACCUAUAUAGAUUUUAAUUUUCUUGCAAAUGAUUUGUAAGAGCAGCCCAAGGAGGCUAAGAGCCUCCAGGUUAAAUACCAGUCAGUGUACCAGAGCACAAACAACUCAGGUGCUGUGUCUUCCUUAAUAUAACAUGUGACAUGCCUGAAACAGAGCGGGGGCAGAGAUGGCAGAGCCCAGGCACAGAGCCAGUUUGACUUAACCAUGGUUCUUCUCUUGUGACCAGGUCUCUUGAAAGUAAUUCAGUGUAGGUUUGCGAUUGAAAACAAAAACCAAAAUGAGAUGCUCAAAAACACUAACAAAUUGGAUAAGCAUGUCUGAGCUUCCAAUGCAGCCCCUUGUAGUAGGGGAUCAUAAUUAUAACCAAAUUAAUUCAAGCAAGCCUUGAAUUGUUAAGAGAUUUACAACUUGCCAAGUGACCUUUAUGUACAGCUCCCAGCAGUCUGAGCUAUGUAGAGGAGAGUGUCCAGUUAGAGCACCUGGAGAUACAAGAGUGCACCUGCCCAGUUCAUUGUUCAUGCCAUUUAUCUCAAGUAGCUUGAAAGAUAAGGGGAGAGCAAGGCAAGGACACACAACAGUAAUCUCCUCUUUAUCUUAAAGCAGGUGCACAGCAAUACCAAUGAAAAGCAGUAGAAAGGGAGAGGGCAGGACACAAGAGGGCCCAAACUGCACCACAAAGAGCAGCAGCAACUGGUGCACCUGCUCCAGGUAGGAUUGCUUUCACCUGCACAGUUCUCUCACCUUUCCUUGAGCAAGAAGCUGCUUUUUGUUCUCCAGCUAAAUUAAGGUUAGACUUGGGUUGUUGCUUGUUUUGUUUUUUAAACUACCUUCAAUUUAGCACAAUCAUUCUGAAAUUAGGAUUUAAACAAGGUAUUUUAUCAAAUUUGGACAUGUAACAGUGAGAACCAGAUAUGCUUUUAAGAAAAAAAUAGAUAAGUGUUCUUGAAACACUGAAAUGAAGCCUGGAAGUGUUCAAGAGGGGCCUAUGCACACCCUGUAUGGUUUUUAAACUGAUCUUUAUAAUUCAAGAGGACAUGAAGAACUAUGAACAGCAAAUUUUCUUUAGGGCAGUGUCCAGAGCUGUUUCACGCUGAACAGGAAGGGUUGAGGUAAGUACUGACACACCCCAGCCAAGGUUCAAAUAUUUUAUUUUAUAUUCAUAUAGUAUGAAGGUUCUUAAUAGUUCCCACAACAUAUGAUGUAGCAUGCAGAGGAAAAACUAAACAUUCAACAUAAAUCAUUUUUCCCCACACUAAAAAAAAAAAAAAAAAAACCAAA